UUUUUUUUUUUGGGGGGGGGGGAGGUGUCUCCCCUCUUAUGAGCCCCCUUCCCCUCAAUUGGCUCCCUCCUCACCAUUAACGUGGGGUGCCCUUUGUCUCCCUGCCUGGGACGAAAGAGGAGGGGGCCGUGGCUGUGCUGCCUCUGCUGCUUCUCCAAGAGCCAGGAAGCCCUCUUCCCUUGGGGCGUCCCAGUCCUGAUACGGCCACUAUCUCUCCGGCCAUCACUUCCUCACUGCUUCCUGGCUGGGAGGGGAUGAGGAUGGCGUCUGGCUUAGGGGGGUGUUAUUGUUGGGGGGGCAGGAAGCCUCUGUCCAGCAAGGAGCCCUUCCCUCUCUGCCUCCCUCCUAAUCUUGACUUGCAGUCAUACCCAGACCCUCUGGGCUGCCUCUUCUCGGCAGCUCCGCUCUGCUGGGCUGGACCCUUCUCUGUCUCCAAGGCAUCUCCCAGGAGGAACGUGCCCGUCAUCCGGCCGCACUCAUGGCACCUGGCCAAGCUGUCCGAGGGCCGGACUGAGGCGCCCACCAUGCCCUGUCCACCCGACGCCUUCAGCCUCUCCUGGCACUCCGGCUGCGACGCCAGUGACCUCUCUCUGCCUUGGAGCCCACUAUCCCGGCACUGCAGCACCGACCGGAGCAGCUCCCUGGGGAGCAUGGAAAGCCUUGGCCCGGCCGGCCAGAGCUACUUGGAGGGCAGCCUCUCUCCCAUUGACCAGGCCAUGUACCAAGACAAGCGCGACUCAGCCUACAGCUCCUUCUCUGCCAGCUCCAACGCCUCUGACUCCGCCCUGCGCCCUGAGGAGGGACUCUCUACUGAGAGUGCCACGCAGAAGCAGCCACCACCAACGGACCCCCGGUACCUGCAGACAGGUGUUGAAGGGGGGGACCUGGCAGCAGGAAGCAGAGGUGGCCAGCCCCGUCUUGUAACCUGUGCUCAGACCUCUGCCCAAGCCGCCCCCUCCGCCCCGCAGCCCCCCAUCAGGCAGGACAGCCUGAGGGCCUGCAACCCGCUCCCAGAAGGCCCCCCAAACCUCAAGGGGCGCUGGACCUCGGACACUUCCCUCUGUGUCCGUGGCCAAGAGAUCCCAGGCUCCACAGGGCACAGCAAGGACUCUCUGGCCACUGAACAGUACUACUUACUGAGCUCCCACACUGAUCAAGUGAUGGAGAAGGGAGUACCGAAUGCCGAGUCCCUCUUGAAUGAUGGGGACGAGGGGGACCACCCCACAGAAGACCGACAUCUGGAAAGGAAGAAUGAUGGGGCCAGACAGGACCGCUGUCCUGAUGUCUCCUGGCCGGGGCCUCCAGGCCACCGUCAUAGUGCCCCAGAGCAUUUACUGGCUGCCCAGUUGCAGAUGAUGAAUGUGUCCCAUGUCCAGGAGGGGCCCCAAUGGACUGUGUCUCCGCUCCACAUGGAACAAAAGGGUCCCAAGGCUUGGCAAAACCAGAUCCAGAACAGGCAGAGGUCCCCAGAGCAGGCAGAAGAGCCAGCCCCUCGCUUGGGCACAAAGGGAGGCACCAAGAGUCCCCUUGAAAGACCCAGGAGUGCCUCUGUUGAGUUGCCCCCCUCCUUGUCUGUGCAGCACCAGCAACUGCCAGGAAGUGGGGACCCCUCUGUUGCCCCCGUUGGCAUGAAUGCAUUGACCGAAGGUGUCCGAGAUGCAGGAAGGAGCCAUCCAGCUGCCAAGAAGGGGGGCUCAGCCCCACACCGCUCUGCCCAGAUGCGCCGGCGGAGCGACCGCUUUGCUACCAACCUGCGGAAUGAGAUCCAGUGGCGGAAGGCCCAGCUGCAAAAGUCCAAGGGCUCAGCCGCCCUCUUGUUUGGGGAAGAGGCAGUGGAGGAGGCUGAGGAGCCCCCAAAGAGCCCCUCUGGCUUGGAGCCCCCCUCCUGGUCUCCUCCUUCCCCUCCCCCUGCGGCCCCUUCGCCUCUGCCUCCUCCGCCCCCUCCCUCCUUGGCAGAGAGCAGGCCUCACCGCUCAGGACCAAGCAUCAAGCGCUGGAGCUCAGAGCUGAGCGUCUUCGGAGGAGAUGGGGCUUACCGCAGCCCUGGCCCAGAGUCCAGGUUGAGAGCCCCAGGGCCUGAGAGGCCUCCCAAAUCCCCUCUGCCUCCAGUUCCUGGGCGCGGGGGGCGCUGGCGCUGGUCCCCGGAGCACAAACUACAGCCGCACAAUGGUAGUCCGCAGCCGCCUGAGCCAGAGUCUCCAUCCCGGCACUCAGAAGAGUCAGGCCUCUUGCCAUUUGCCGACCGGAGGAGGUUCUUUGAGGAAAGCAGCAAGCCCCUCUCUCCCACCUAUUCCAGGUUUGGGGGAGUGCCUCCCUCCAGGCGGGAGGAGGAACGGAGCAGUGCCUUCCAACCAGUGAGCUGUGACCAUAUUGGGCAGCAGCAGCAGCGGCGACGCCACUCCAUGGACCAUUCCUACCCAUCAGAGCCCACCUACCAGGAGUUCUACCAGCCUCUGCCCCGACGCCGGCCAGACUGGGAGUGCUGGCAGCCGCUGCCUUUUGCAUGCGCCCCCCGGGAGGCCUGCCCCUUCUGCUACGGGGAUCAGCGGUGCCCCCCAAUGCACCACAGGAACCCGCCGGCACCCCCCGGCCACUGCGCUCACCGCUGCCACCCCCUCGCCUGGACUCGUUGCCCAGACUGCUGCUGCCCGACUCCGCACCAGCGCCUGGAAGAAAGAGGGGGUCUCUGGCUCGGGAGGAAGGCUUUUCCCAUGGAAUUUCCUGCAGACGAGUGGGAGCCCCCUGCGAUAAACAGGAAGACCAGCCAGUCAAUGAGUGAGCUACCCCAGCACCAGAUGGGCUUUGCCAGGACCAGCCCCUUCUGGACCUGCUUCGAGGAGCCUGAGCCCGAACAUCCGCCCUCCUUCUGCCGCACUUCCUCCUCUUCCUCUUCCUCCUGGGACCGUGAAGGGCCAGGGCGAGAGGCCAUGGGCCUGGAGGAGCCCCACCGGGGCCCGGUCCGCGGAAGGGCCUACUCGGAGAGCCACCUUGGUGUGGAGCUGCCCAGUGGCAGGGAUGGCCGGGAAGCCCACCUGGCCAAGGUAGAGGAGGCCCCUCUGGAACCGCCUUGCGGGGCCCAAAGGAGGGGCCCACCCCCUCCGCGGCCCCCGCCACCCAACUGGGAGAAGUACCGCACUCGAUGCCAGCUGCAACCCACCAGAGUUGGCACCGAAUCCCCCCUGGAGUUGGCCCGGAAACGGUCGCAGAGCCUUCCCUUGGAACAGCUCAGGGACGAAGGGCCCCGGGGGCAGAGCCCCUCCUCCUCCUGUGCCAGCCCCUCCCAUCAAGCCGCCUCCUCCUCCUCGCCCCCCAGGACCCCCACGGAGCCAGGCAGCCUCCGCUACUACUGCCACCGCUCUCCGUGCCAGAGCCCCGAGUGGCCCACACCGGACCCCAGUGACAGGAGCACAUCCUCCCGGCCAUCUAGCUCCUUGGAGGAAGAAGCCACCCCAGAGUCAGCCUGGGAAAACGGGCAGAGCGGACUCAUUGUCCAUAGAACCAUGGAGCCAGCUUCCCCAGGCAGCCUCCCCAGGAUUCCCUCCCCCAAGGAGCACCAUCCGGCGCAGUCAGGGGCCGCAAUAGGGGCCCUCCCCUGCGGCACAGUCAGGGGUCCGGGGCCUACCACGUCUCGCCUGGAUUCGCAGGAGCUGAUGCGGGACGUAGCCGGGAGGGACCGCUCCUUGGCCGGGGUGCUGGGCCCCUCCUUGGGCAAAAUGACGGCAGCUGAAGUCAUGGAGGACCUAUUCUCCGCUGGAGAUGGCUCCGCCUGGACCAGGAGAGACUGGUCAGCCCAGGACAGGGGCCAAGCCCCCACUGAGAGACAGCUGCCUCAACCUGCCCCCCUGGAUUUUAGGGGGACCCCCAGCAGCCCCUCCUGCUCAGCCUAUUACAAUACAUCUGUGGGAAAAGCCGAGGUGCCCCCCAAAGGUGCUGCCCUCAGUUCAGAGGACGAAGAGGAGGAGCUGGAUUGUGACCUGGCGCAGAAGAAGGUGCAGCUGAUUGAGAGCAUCAGCCGGAAGCUGCUGGUUCUGCAGGAGGCCCAGCGUGGGCUGCAGGAUGAUCUGAGCGCCAACCUGGCUCUGGGCAAAGAGGUGGAGGGCCAGGUCAAGGGGGUGUGCAAGGCCCACGAGUUUGAGAAGUUCCGCCUCUUCAUCGGGGACCUAGACAAAGUGGUCAACCUGCUGCUCUCACUCUCGGGGAGGUUGGCCAGAGUGGAGAACACCCUCAGCAGCUUGGAUCCGGACACGGCCGAAGCAGAGAAGCUGACCCUCCUGGAGAAGAAGCGCCAGCUGUCGGCGCAACUGGAGGAUGCCCGGGAGCUGCAGGAGCACGUGGCGCAACGGGAGCGGCUGGUCUUUGCCUGCGUCUCACGCUGCCUGCCGAGUGAGCAGUUGCAGGACUACCAGCACUUUGUGCGCAUGAAGUCGGCCCUGGCUAUCCAGCAGCGCCAGCUGGAUGACAAGAUCAAGCUGGGCGAGGAGCAGUUGCGCUGCCUGCGGGAGAGCCUCCGCCGGACGGGACCCCGGGACUCCUAGCCGUCUGGGUCCUAGCCACCCAGGAGGAAGGGGCCUUGCACUCCUUGAACCAUGGCUCCUUUGCACUUAUCUUCCUAUCCCUGGGAUUGUGCCUGUUGCCAAAAGGACUGCCGUGCUGACCUUUGCCCCCACCUUGCCAUAGGGGUAUCACCAAAGUGCUCUUUUGCCAAUAAGUAGACGGUGCCCACUUGCUUGUGAUGCAUUUCCCUUCAUGCCAUGCAGAGGAAGCAUUGGAGGGACUCUGUGCUGACUGUCACCACAUGACCCCCUUGAGUGUGCCUUGGGGGAAGCCUUGGGAGAUGAAGCAGUGGCGCCUUUUGCACAUCGACUGCGGCUCCUCUGGGGACCUUCCCAGCCUGGCUGAGGGCUCCUCAAGCCAAUCAGGAAGAAGGACGGCAGCACUGGGAUUCCUGGAGCUUCACUGGAAUUAUGCCAACUACGAUGCAACUGACUACUGGGCAUAGUCUGCUGCCUUUUCUGCCUUUUGGCUGGCAAACCCACCAGCAAAGGACCAACGGCUCUUCUCUGAGCAGUAGCAGAGCAGCCUAACCUCACUCUUUGCCUUCUGUGCCUGCAGUCUUUGGAGCAUCCCUGCUUUUGCCUUAUUUAUUUUCUUGUCCCAGCUUUGCAGUGAUUUUGCAUUCCAGCUUUAAAGUGAGGGGUUGUGCUGGCCAGUGGAGAGGGCUGGAUUGCUCCCCUUUCCUGCAAGUGCCUCCUUUCAGGUGCCCAAGCCUUAAGUGCCAAUGUAUGUGGAGAGAGACCCUGCCUAUCGGACAGGGGUCUCCAGUGUAGACACAACACGUCUCUGCCCCAGACCCCAAUCACCCUUUUUCCCAGGAGGCUCCUUUCAGUGCCUUGAUCCAAAGUCGCUCUUCCCCCAAACUCAGGUCAACAGGAAAGCUUUCUCCUGUCUGAGUUGCACUUAAGGCUGCUUUGGUUGUGAUGCAUUUCCCUUCACACCAUGUAGAGGAAACAUUAGAGGGACUUUGUGCUGACUGUCACGUGCCUUGGAGGAAGCCAUGGCAGAUGGACUAUUGGCCCCUUUUACACAUCAGCUGCAGCUCCUUUGGAGGCUUCCCCAGCACCCAAAAUGCCCGUACCCUCGGGGCAGAAAGGACCCUGCCUUUGUUGACUUGCCUGGGCCUUUUAUAACCACAAUCUGGGUGCUGUGUUCCAUCUUUCCUGGCCUCACAGGUCCCUUACUGGCUCUCAUGUGGCCUGAGGCUUCUUUUGCCAAGGAAGGAGAUGGGUUCAUGGCUCCUCUCUCAUUUUUCCAGCCUGGGACAUUCCUCCCCCAUUCAGGGCCAAAGGAAUGUGCUGGUAUCCUGCCACAGACCCACACAUCCUUUUCCUCUCCAUUGUUGUUUGGAACAAUGUUGGAGAGGCCGGGCUCCUCCUCCCUUUAACCCUUCACUGCAGAUAGAAUGGUUGGCUGAUGGAGCGGAAAUGGAGCUCCCCAAAUGGGAUUCGGUGCUGAGGUCCUGCAGUGAGCCCCUCAUUUCCUCCCUCUGCCCCAAAGGACUGUUUUGUUGCUUACCUUCUCCUGGCCUUUGCUCAUGGCACCAGGAUGGGCUUCUCCUUCCCAAGUACUCAUAUCUGGAGGGGCUUCCCUUUGAAACCUCACUUCUCAUGGAGAUCCAGAUGUAAGCCUGUUGCCCUUUUCCACCCACUCCUCCCUGCUCCUUCCCUCAGGGUCCCUCAACCCAGACAAAAGCAUCCCCAACGAGAGCAGGAAGAGAGGGAGAAACUACAGAGCCUAGUUUGCCAAUGGGCUGCAGGCAAAAGACUCUCCUUUGGCCCAAAGGAGGAAGAGAGUGCAAGCAACCCCCUAAGUAAAACUCCUUUCCCAGUUCAGGCAGGAAAGGCUCUCCACAGCCUCCAUGGAGAGGCUGGGUUUUGGACUCCCUUCCAGUCCAAAUGGGGAAGCAUUCCUGGAAUCCACAUCUGAAAGAGAAGGAACUCCAGUGGGAGCUGCUUGCUAUUGUUUUCCUGCAGCCGCAGCCGCAUUCCAGCUGCCAACGCCCAGCCUUCCUCUGUGGUGCCUUGGCCAUCGCCCCAUCAGCCCCGUUUACUUUCUCAUCCAGUGCAUUCCCCCCAAACAGUCUACAGAUUUGGCUCUGCAUGUGCCUCUGUUUUGUUGUUGUUUGCAGGGCUCUUCCUGGCCUGGCCGCCUUGUAACGUUUGGGUCUGGUAGCUCUGCCACACUUUGCUCUUGGAAACCAAUCCUAUCUCAGGUGCCCAUUGCAGUAUGUACUUCUUGACUUCCGGUAGGCACAGCACUUCCAUCCCUGCUCCAUCUGAGACCUAUAAUUCUUUUGAGGUUGGGCUGCCAUUUCUGCUCCAAUCCCUUUCUUUAUCUCUUCCAAAGAUGAGUAGAUUAGGAGGAAGGAGGCAUGUGGCCAGCAUCUCCUCUUUGUCCCCAAAACCAAAGGCUGCAUAUCUGCUCUGUUUUUAGUGAAAGGAAGGGCUUUCCUCUGACCAUUUGCACAGGCCUUCCCAAAACAUUAGGCACGGAAGCCCUCUUCUUAAUGCAGACCAAAGUCAUGGGGAAGGAGAAGUAUGUUAGGCUUGUAUUAGGGGAACUCUCUCUCUGGCUCCACUUGGGCCUUCUCCCUGAAUGCAAAACUAUUUUCAAGAAGGAAAGUGCCAAAAUUGCAAAAUGCUGAAUGUAACAGAAAGAAAGAAAUGCAGCAAGGAUAAUCUCUCCGCCCUCCCCUUUUGAAUACAUAUUGUGUGGGUGGAUCCUUGCACAUGCUAAUAGGCCUCCUUUUGCUAAAGCUUCCAAUGGGCACAUAUACGGUUGGCAGCAACAUGAAGCUGAACUCCCUUUGCCCCUUCUCUUCCAGCGUACAUUGGAAAGAGGCAUCCUCCAAGCCCACCCCAUCUCCUGCACACCUUUUUGCCUUUGGCCCACCUCCUUUCUAGGCUCUGCCAGGAAGAGGUGGCUCACACCUGCACUCUUUCCAUGCUCAGGGGCCCCUGUGUUUUGGCCCCUCUCUUGCCUUGCCCACUUUGCCAUCCUUGGCUCAGCAGAGCAACCGCCUCCUUGCCCAAGCUGGAGGUAGACCCCAAACUGCCGAUGCCUUUUUGUUGCUAUGUUAUUAGGAGACUGUGCUGCUAGGUUGUAAUUCUGUGCUUCCUACACAUGAAAGAAAAAAGAAAGAAAUCCAUGGUGGUUGCCAUCCAGUGUUUUCCUCGCAGCGAGGUGGCCCUUUUGUGGUGUUUCUGGAGGCGUUGCCUUUUCUCUGGGCCUGCAGUGGGGAGGAAGGGCACACAAUCACAACAGGUGGCAUUAAAAGUGGUGCUCACAA